UGCCGUGCACAUACACACACACGCUUCCACGCGCCCGGAGACAGCAGAAAGUGUUCAGUAGCACGAGCUCGUCGUAAGCGCGAGACCAGAACGAAAACUAUAUCUCGAGCGAUUCCGGACCCUCGCUGUACCGCUUAUUACAUAGUGCACGUGCUGGACUGAAUACUGGCGCACGAGGCGAGGAUUAAAGAGCGACCGCAUCGUGGAUCUGUGCGGGUUGGAAUGCACGAGGACUGAAACGGAAAACGGACAGAAUUGAACUCCUGCUUUGUCACAAAGAGGAUUCAAUGAGAAUGUCUGUCUGUGUCCAUGAGAACCGCAAGUCACGAGCCAGCACUGGCUCUAUGAACAUCUACCUUUUCCACAAGUCCUCAUAUGCCGACAGUGUCUUGAUGCACCUGAAUGUCUUGCGGAAGCAAAGGCUCUUCACAGACGUUUUGCUACACGCAGGCAGCCGCUCUUUCCCAUGCCAUCGCGCUGUGCUGGCUGCCUGCAGCCGAUACUUUGAGGCAAUGUUCAGUGGCGGGUUAAGAGAGAGCCAAGCCAAGGAGGUGGACUUUAGAGACUCCAUACAUCCAGAGGUGUUAGAACUGCUCUUGGACUAUGCUUACUCAUCCCGGGUAGUUAUCAACGAAGAGAAUGCUGAGUCUUUGCUGGAGGCAGGUGACAUGCUAGAGUUCCAGGACAUUCGGGAUGCCUGUGCUGAGUUCCUGGAGAAGAACCUCUACCCAUCCAAUUGUCUUGGCAUGCUGCUUUUGUCUGAUGCCCACCACUGCACCCAGCUGUCUCAGCUUUCCUGGAGCAUGUGUCUUAGUAAUUUCCCAGCUAUCUGCAAAACAGAAGAAUUCCUGCAACUGCCCAAGGACAUGAUAGUCCAGUUGCUCUCUCACGAAGAGCUGGAGACGGAGGAUGAGCGGUUGGUUUAUGAAUCUGCACUGAACUGGGUGAACUAUGACUUGGAACGGCGACAUUGCCACUUACCCGAGCUUUUGCGGACCGUACGCCUGGCUCUCUUACCCGCCAUCUUCCUCAUGGAGAACGUCUCCACAGAGGAGCUUAUCAACUCACAAGCCAAAAGCAAAGAGCUAGUGGAUGAAGCAAUCCGCUGCAAGUUGCGUAUACUGCAGAAUGAUGGCGUGGUCAACAGUCCUUGUGCCAGGCCACGCAAGACUAGCCAUGCCCUUUUCCUUUUAGGUGGUCCUACCUUUAUGUGUGACAAGCUGUAUUUAGUGGACCAGAAGGCCAAAGAAAUCAUCCCAAAGGCAGACAUUCCCAGUCCUCGAAAGGAGUUCAGUGCUUGCGCUAUUGGCUGUAAAGUCUAUGUGACAGGAGGUCGGGGCUCAGAGAAUGGUGUGUCCAAGGAUGUUUGGGUUUACGAUACCUUACAUGAAGAGUGGUCAAAAGCAGCUCCCAUGCUAAUAGCUCGAUUUGGGCAUGGUUCAGCCGAACUGCGCCACUGCCUGUAUGUGGUCGGAGGUCAUACUGCUGCAACUGGUUGUCUCCCAGCCUCACCAUCUGUCUCGUUAAAGCAGGUGGAGCAGUUUGACCCCGUUGCCAACAAGUGGAGCAUGGUCGCACCUCUGCGUGAGGGUGUCAGCAAUGCAGCAGUAGUCAGCGUUAAGCUCAAGUUAUUUGCUUUUGGAGGAACAAGUGUAACCCAUGAUAAACUACCAAAGGUACAGUGUUAUGACCCAGUGGAAAACCACUGGACUGUCCCAGCAUCUUGUCCGCAGCCUUGGCGCUACACAGCUGCUGCUGUUUUGGGCAGCCAGAUCUUUGUCAUGGGGGGCGACACUGAGUUCUCAGCCUGCUCGGCAUACAAAUUCAGCAGCGAAACCUACCAGUGGACUAAAGUAGGCGAUGUUACAGCUAAGCGAAUGAGCUGCCAGGCAGUAGCCUCCGGGAACAAACUGUACGUAGUUGGUGGCUAUUUUGGAACGCAGCGCUGCAAAACGCUAGACUGCUAUGAUCCCACACUGGAUGCCUGGAACAGCAUAACCACUGUACCCUACUCCUUGAUCCCCACUGCCUUCGUUAGCACCUGGAAACACCUCCCAGCCUGACAACUGCAUGCCCCUUCAUCGUCUUUAAGAAUUCCUGUGCGACGUACUGGAUUCCAGCUGUGACUAUUUCCUGCUUUCUGUGCAAUCUCAUCAAAAGACGACGACGACAACUUCGUCUUCCAUCAAAAACUCAACGGUAACAUCGAAGAUAUCCUGCAGCGAAGUUUUGCUUUUGUUAUAAACGUUUCACUGUCAAGUCCUUUUUGUGGAGCUUUGACAACCAAAUGAACCGACUGCUAAUAUAAAAAGGACAAUUAGCGCCCGGCUUGUUUUCGCUGUCAUGUCUGUGUUGGCGCGUACCCACUAUUUUGUUCUGGGAUGAUGUGGUAGCUAAAACGUGUGCAUCUGGCAAAAAGAACUUCAGCUAGAGAAACUGACCAAUUUCCAAAUGAAAGCAUGAAGACGCCUUCUGAAUAUAUAUAUAUAUAUAUUUAUAUAUUUCACUGUGCUUUGCUGUUUUCACAUAGCGCAUUUCUGCUUCAGGACUGUUUCACAGACCCAAGAGAAAGACGUAUUUAUCCCAAGAAUUUUAUUCCACAAACUACCUUUUUAUUUUUUUUCCUGUACAGAAUAGUUGUUUGUCUCCCAUGUCUGACUCUAGUUUGUUCCUGACAAACAAACCUCCUCAACCUGGUGUGAAACUUGCUGUGAGAAGGCAUCCUGAGGUGAACCGCACUGCAGAUGUAUGUUUGUGUAUGUGUUUGUAUGUGGAAAAGAUCAGCAUGUUCCAGCAUGUGUUUUCUGAGCAAAAGGAUACCGCUGACCGUAGUAUAUUAUUCAUUUUUCUUCCAAAAACAAAAAACAAACCCAUAAACCUAAGCAUGUCCACUAAGAGCUUGUAUGGAUGAAGCAACUGUUGUUUCUGUCUCAACAAAGAGACUGUCAUGUUUGUCAGUGCUUCCGAAAGACUUCUAGACAAGAGAAUUUUUUUGGUAUAAAGUUAGGCUGCUUAACUUUGUGCUGAGUGUUCCUGUUAUCGCACAUACGGCCUCAAUAUAAAUGUGAAAGGCAGAAUGAUGGAAAGAGAGAGACAGAGUGACAGAGAGAGAGAGAGAAAAAAAAAGGUGAGAGUCAUUCUGUCUGCAGGAGAGGUAAUGUCUCCAUGGCAACAAACGAACAACCUGAACUGAAAAGAACUGAACGGUCUAUUCGUAGUCUUAAUUUAUGAGUUUUUUUUUCCAGUUGUUAAUUUGACCUGUGUAUGUUAAGUUUUGUAUUUAUUGAUUUAAAAAAUGCCUGCAUACAUAUCCGUCUAUAAUAAAUAUAAUGUGUGAUAUAUAUCUAUCCAGCUGUACAGAAUUUGGCGAGUGUUUUCGUGCUACGCGUGGCUCAUACCGCUAUGUGUUCCAUAAGAACUGCACUUUUGCACACUCAUGCUGUAGCUGCAGCUGAAUUUGUAAAGUGGUCAGAGAAUCCUGGACCUCUAAGUUUGACAUGACCUGUAAAAGGCAGGCUUGGGGUCUUGGGUCAUCAACCUGGAUAAGAAUGGGAGGAAUGAAGCUGUAGGAUCAGAUUACCCAGGAUACAAUGGAGCAGUUGCUUUGGGAAGCCAUGGGGGAAGGGCUGGGGGUUAAGGAUUCAAACUGUGAUAUAGUGCCAAAAAAAGUUCUUGUUAUGGCUUAAGAACUAUAGUAUAUCAAACCAAUGGGGUUUGAAAAUGCUACCAAGUUAUGGUUUGUGCAAGAAUCAAAACCUGCUCAAGAACAUAAAUUGCCGUUUUUUUUAAAUUUGGAAAACCUACAGAUAUUUAAAAAAUAAAUAAAUCAAAUUUCAAGCUGCAAUAAUUUGAACCCACUGAACUACUAUGUUUGUUAGAAGCCUCUGCCUUUAACUGACACUUUCUAACUCGGUCUCAGUCUAAUUUGAUAUGGCCUAUUAGGAAAUCAGUGGCACGGGAGUGAGAAACGUGACCUCAGCAGCUGCUCCAAGAACAGCUGGAACUGUCACUGUUGCCCCUGAGCACACUGACAGGUACUAAUUAUUUUUAUCAUCGACACACUCUGAAUAGACGCUCUUCUUUUUUUUCUAUUCAAAAGUCUUAAUACAUUGAAAUGGGCCUCGGACUGCUUUUAGAUGUCUUUAGCACAGAUAUUGAGAGUGGCAUUGGCCUGUAAAUUUGCCUUUCCUCAGGGUUUUCUGUACUACCCGUCCUAAAUGUUAUGAAGGGUUUUUUUUUUCUUUUCAAAACAUUUCUAAAUCUUGCUAUGUUUGGUGAAUAAUGCUAUAUAUACUCACAGCAAUGAUGCUACAUUCCGAAGGUCAUGCUUGUACGUACAGUAAGUAGCACAGGAUAUCGUCUCAACGGAAAGUCGUACUACAGUUUUGCGGCAUUAAGAGGGUACGUUUAAGUGAAAUCUUCUGUAUGCUUUCUUUGUCCCGCUAGCUUUCUUGAUCGCUAUCAAGCCAAUAGGGGAAAACUGUUUGAAUUCGGUUUCCUCCACAAUGGAUUGUGAGAUAGCAAAAAAAGAAAGAGAGAGGUCAAGCUUCACAUUCCUUCCCAGACCUUCUUCCUUCCCACCUACCCCUCUUUUUCACUGAAGUGCUGCUUUACCCUGCUGCCUUUGAAGCUCUCAUGUCUAUGCUUUGAACAGAAAGCCCUCUCUGUUUUUUUUCGAGUACACUGCACACACAGACCUCCAGCCAAUCAGAUAGCCCAUUUUUGCCUCGUCUCAAGUAGCGUUUCCCAAGCAAUGGUCAACAACACCCCCCUCCUCCUCUCCUGUCCCCUAUCAACACACACCAUUUGAACUGGUAGCUGUCAAGUGUUUUGUUUUUCCUCUAUCCCCCCGACUGGAAGAUCAAGAGCUGAGUCACAGGCUUGCACGUGGCAUAAAACUCUUAAUCAUUGUCUGCCUUUGUCUGUCAACACUGUCAAUGUUGGGCUGUACUGUACUGUACUAUUCUGUUCUGUAUGUCCUAGUGUGUUAUGGUAUUGAGUUGUCGCUCUGUAAAACCACGGCGGUUAACAUUAUUUUGUACAAGUCAUUUUUUUCACAAUGUGAAAUUUAUGGUGAAAUAAAACAUGAGUUUUUUCCUCUUGAUUGUUAAA